AAAUUCAGUUAUGUUCAGGUUGUCACCUGUAAUCUAACAGCAUCAUCAACGCACCGUAGUUACCACACGGCUUGAAACAACAUUGUAUCACAACCUGCCAGUUCAUCAAUUAAGUUGACGCACCAUAGUUCCCAUACGGUGCUAUGCAACGUUUCAUCCGAGCCUGCCAGAUCAUCGAGACACCAAUUCCCACGCCACGCGAAGCAACUUUGUCACGAUGAAACCGGAGUCCUGAAACGUGACAAUUCGAUGAGAACCAGUGCAGCGACAUCAUUGUUUCCCAGGCUGACCCGGUGAGUUACAAGUGAAGUUAGGUUACCAGGAUAGAAGAAUAAAUUAAGUGAUUUAGUUCUAGUUUAGACUUUAAAGAGUGUAGUGCUUUUUUUUAAAAAUCCGAAAGUAAUCACUAGGACAUUUGCGGCGCAGUCGUGCGGCCCUUUCUACGUCUAGAAGUAACUAGUUGGAACAAUCGCGUGUGCACAAAAACAGUGACCAACGAGAGCAAGUUAAUUUGAAGCUCAACCCGUAGUGACAAGUGAACGUGCGUCGCGUUGAACAAUCUCUGUGUUUUGUGUAGUGCAAUUGAGCUCGAUCCUGCAGCUUUGGACGCCCGGCGAAGAGUUCAUCGAGAAUUUGGAGCCAUCCCUCGCCACGUAGGUGACUCGUGACGUCCUAUUCCAGCGACAUUCUCCUUAGACGGUUGGCUUCAGCCAUUUGAGAUAGGGAGAACUUAAACAAGGUCCGGACACGAUGUUGCGGAGGAUGUUAUCCAUACUAUCCAUAAUCCCAAUCCUUUCUUCAUACCUUUAUUUUUCAGCACAAGGCACAUACUUAGAAAUUACCGAUUUGAAUAACAACCCGGGUAUUGUAGCGCUAAAAGUUGGUAAAACUUUCAUUUCAAAUGGACACGAUUGGUUGGUUCAUAAAAUAACUCUUAAUACAUUUCACGAGAUUUUACAACAAUACGAUAUAAUGAUCAAUCAGAUAGAUUCAAACUUGCAUACCAGAGAUUUUAAGGAUAUUUUGAAGAUUAAAUUUAGUCAAACAAACGCGACACUACAAAAGCUUAGCAUUCGGAGAAAGUCCAAAAGAGCAAUCAAUAUUCUAGGCACUUUAAUUAAAACAAUAACAGGGAAUUUGGAUAACAAUGACUUAGUAAACUUAAAUCAAAAUAUAAACCUUUUACAAUAUUCCAACAAGAACCUCAUAGAAUCAAACAAUCUCCAAAUAAAAAUAAACAAUCAGUUUCAAGAAAGAAUCAAUAACUUGACAAAAACAGUUCUCAAUGAAAAGGAAGAAUUAGGUAAACUAACGAAUCAGAUUAGAUCAAACAAAAAUAUGAAGGUCUCCUGGGAACAUAUUCAACAUUUCCAGAGGUUAAUCUUCAACCUGGAUGUGGUACAAAGACAUUUGGAAGACAUCUCAGACUCGAUUGUCAUGGCUAAAGUAGGCGUUUUGUCUAAAGGAAUACUUCAAACAACAGAAAUCGAGUACAUAGCCGAAAGUUUGGAACGCGCAGGAAUCUCCAUAAACAACGAUGAACAGGUCUAUGAGUUUCUAGAACCGGCAGCCUAUUACAACGGAUCAUCCAUUGUGUUUCUCAUAAAAAUUCCAAAAUUCUUACCUGGGUCCUACCAGCAAAUUAUUGUAGAAAACAUACCUGUAAAUGGCGAAGUAAUAGCAAUUGAUUUCACGAAGGCAGUAUUAGGAACCAACGUUACAUUUAUAACAAAUGAUACUUGCGUGAACAUCGAGCAAAAUAUUAUUUGCAAAUUACAGACAAUGAAAAAUGUCUCCGACGACACGUGCAUUCAUCGAUUACUAAAAGGAAAUCCUAGUAACUGUCCAUUCAAAAAGUACAACAGAGUCAAUGAAAUCAAACCUAUUGGAAGUGGAAAAAUACUCAUUCGAAAUGUAUAUUCAACUGUGCAAUUGAAGAACAGUUGCGGGUUUGGAAAUAAAAAUCUAACAGGAUCAUUUCUUAUCAGCUUCAGAAACUGUUCGAUACAAAUAGAUAAUGAAUCAUUUCAAAAUUUCGAAUUCGAUAACAACAAUCAUUUGGAAAUACUUCCACUGCAAUCAACGUUUAUCAACAAAUCAAAAACAAUUAAGACAGAAACACAAACCUUACAAGAGCUGCAUAUAAACAACAGGCACAGGAUCGAUGUUUUAGAAUCUACAAAUCGCCAUGCUUCCAAUGGAGGAACACUAAUAAUAAUCAUUUUUCUAAUAAUAUGUAUUUACCUGUUCAAGGAGAUAAGGAAAAUCUGGUCGAAAAUUAUUAUCAAGCCAUCUGCAUCUAUGGAUAUUGAUAUCGGGUUGAACCGGGACGGUUCAAGCUAG